AUGGCAUUUACAGUUUCAGUUAUACUAUCAUUGAUCGAUUUAAUUGUGGCCAACUGUCCAUCAUUGAGAGCACCGCCUAACGGCUAUUUGGACCGCAAUUGUGGUACACGGGUUGGCAAUACUUGUCGUAUAUAUUGCAAGAAAAACUGUCAAUUGAUUGGCGACGCCGUUCAUCAUUGUCUGUCUAAUAACACAUGGAGUGGUACUCCAACACGCUGUGUGUCUAAACAAUAUCAUCACAACCAUCACCAACGGUGCCCUUAUUUAAGUGCACCCGACAAUGGUUAUCAAGUGGGAGAGUGUCAUAAUAAAGCUGGCUGUGUCUGUGUGUUUGCCUGUAAUAACGGCUAUACACUUAUGGGCUCAUCUAAAGUGGUUUGUCAGCGCAACUGUCGUUGGUCUCCAAGACCUACCUGUGUGCUCACCACCACUACUACCCCAUGCAAGACACCAACCACUGCAACGACAACUGAAGAGCUCGACGAACAGGUCUAUUGCCCAUCACUACCGGUCCCUACAAAUGGUCUGAUAAGAGGUAGCUGUCGCAUUGCCCCUCCGGGUGCUGUUUGUAGGUUUGGUUGUAAUGCCGGAUAUCAAUUAGUAGGCGACUCGACUGCUGUUUGCAAAGCUAGUGGGAAGUGGACGUCAACAGGUGUCCACUGUAUAGCCUCUCACACUAGAUGUGCGACAUUGCAUCCACCAGAUAAUGGUGUCAUAACUGGGUAUUGUGCCCCAGGCGUAUCAGGAAAUACAUGUAAUUUUUCGUGCAAUAGUGGCUACCAAUUGAUGGGCUCAUCAUCGCUAACCUGUCAAUCAAAUGGUCAUUGGUCUGGAGGGACACCAGUUUGCAGUUCAAACAGAUAA